AAUGCUAUCACCUUCCGAUCAAGAAAUUGUAGCGGAAAAUGCUCGGCGAGCUCUUGAUUUGCUCGACGAUCAGGUCUUCGGACUAACGGAACAAGAGAGGCAAAUCGAGAAUAUUGUCUAUGAUUUUCUGCAGUCGAAAGAUGGAAAAUGUGCUCUUCUUGAAGGAGAACGAAAUUGCGGCCGAGAAAGCACACUUCGGAAGGUUCUCAACAAAUAUCACAAGGAAUUACGAGUAAUCAACGCAGGCUUCGUUGCCGCCGAUCCAAAUUAUCAGCAGGAACUCGCAAAGGAGGAUGACGAAGGAUAUUUUGUGUUUUUAGUGCGAGACGCCGACAAAUUAAUCACUCCACAGCAGCAAAAGUUCCUCUACACGAUGGUUGACAAGGCGACACACUUCUCGUGGCUCGUCUUUUUCUCCGUUUCCCGACACGAUUUCGCUCAGAACCUUCAGAAACAGGCGACGUCGAGAAUUCCGAAAAUUCAGGUGUCAUUUGACGCGACACACGAUUAUGAGGAGUAUUGUGCAGCGUUGACGCAGUUUUUGAUUCCUGGCGGCUCAAAAUGCGAAGAAUCCGAGUGCUAUAAGAGAUUUGUGAAGAAUUUGAACUUUCAGACAUGGCUUAGGCCGGUUUUUGAGACAAGUCACUACGUCGUUCUGAAACAAUUGGCCGCGCAAUUCCUGAUGCUUUUCGGUUACUAUUGUGACGUAGAAGACACGUGGAAACCCGAGGAAAUCAGCAAACAGAUUCGUAAAAUUGUCGAGACGACUUCUCCCUCGUAUAAUGGAAAAUUGUUGAUUUUAAAAGAUCAAACAGUUCGAGCACAAUGCGUUUUUCUUUGUGUCUGGAGACUUGUGCAGAAUAAAGAGUCAGAUGGACCACUUUUGGCGCCAAAAACUUCGUAUCGAAACGUUUUUCUAGAAUUCAAAAAACUCGUUAAUCAACACUAUCCUCCACUGAACGUGAGCAGUGAUGUCUACGUAUUCCGAGAAUUGGAUCAUCUCGUUAAAAUGGGAAUUUUGAAGGCAGACGAGAGCACAAAUGUGACAAAUACCUCGUUUCGAAAAGUUUGGCUUCAUAUCAAUGAUAAAAUUGUGGAGGACUCGAUCUCGAAGUUGCAGCUCCCGCGAGUUGUUUCCGACUUUUUUAUGACUAUUUUGAAGUAAUUUUGAUAUUUUUUGUACUAUUUGCAAUGAAGAUUGAUCUCGAUAUUU